AUGGAUUUAGUGUAUUUGUUAUAUGGAGAAAAAUAUGUGAUUUCAAGUAUUAACUUUAGUGAAAAAAAUGGAAUGCUUGAUAGUUGUAUGCUGAAUAAUGAGGGUUAUUUGAAUGAAAAGUCUGUAAUUGAAGGUUUUUCUAAAUUAACACAAAUUACUGAAAAUGAUUCCAAGUCACUCCUUAACGGUGAUCUACACAUUUCACAGAUUCCACAAUUACAACACACUGUAACACCUUUUAUCCAUUUUCAUCCAUAUCAUUACUAUUAUUAUUAUAUACUGUUAUUAAAUGUGUUAAUAUUAAUCAUUUUGUUAUUGAGUAAUAAGGUUCUAAUUGAGGAUUAUUAUUGUUAUUCAUUGCAAAACGGAAUCGUAAUAUUCGGACUUAACUCUACUCAUGCUUUGAUUAAAGAGAUUUCUGGAAAUAAUGUAAAAAUAACGUUUAACGAGUUAAUGUGUAAGAACAUAAGUACGGAAUCACGUGCUAAGAGGAGGAAAAAGGAAAUUCAGACGCCAGAAGAAGUUUGUGAAGUUGAAGUUGGAAGCAAAAAAUUCAUAGUAAAACUUCCCAAAAGCUUACUAAACCUUGAGGUUGUUGAAUUAAAUACCAGACUAGAGAAUGAGCCAGAACUAAUUACUACCGAGGUAAUUAUAGCUUACUUAGUUUUCUUUAUAUAUAGUUAUACAAUAGCACUGAGAAACUGUUAA